AUGAAAGUGGGCCGCCCCCGCUGCCGCCAUCGUGCCAGCCCCUCGGGUCUCAACAAGGCCGGGUGACGCUCCAGAAUGGGAGACAAGCCAAUUUGGGAGCAGAUUGGAUCCAGCUUCAUUCAGCAUUACUACCAGUUAUUUGAUAACGACAGAACCCAACUAGGCGCAAUUUAUAUUGAUGCAUCAUGCCUUACGUGGGAAGGACAGCAGUUCCAGGGGAAAGCUGCCAUUGUGGAGAAGUUGUCUAGCCUUCCGUUCCAGAAAAUCCAGCACAGCAUCACGGCACAGGACCAUCAGCCCAAGCCAGAUAGCUGCAUCAUCAGCAUGGUAGUGGGCCAGCUCAAGGCUGAUGAAGACCCCAUCAUGGGGUUCCACCAGAUGUUCCUAUUAAAGAACAUCAAUGAUGCUUUGGUUUGCACCAAUGACAUGUUCAGGCUUGCCCUGCACAACUUCGGCUGACCUCUUCCCAGCCAGGCACUCAUGCUGUUUCCUCCUCCCUCCUCUUCCUGAUAACUAUUCACACUCCUCCAGAUGCUCCAAAUAUCAUACACAAAUGAGCAGGGCCAUGGUGGGAGCGGGCGCAGUGCACU